CCAAACCCCACCUGUGUCCCCUGUGCCCCCCCUGUGCCCCCCAGGACGCAGCUGAACUUCACGGUGGCCAUCGACUUCACGGCGUCCAACGGGAACCCCUCUCAGCCCACGUCGCUGCACUACCUGAGCCCGUUCCAGCCCAACGCGUACUCGCUGGCCCUGCGCGCCGUCGGGGACAUCCUGCAGGACUACGACAGCGACAAACUCGUCCCUGCCCUCGGCUUCGGCGCCAAGGUCCCCCCGGACGGGCGCGUGUCCCACGAGUUCCCGCUGAACGGGGACGCUGCCAACCCGGCGUGCCAGGGCAUUUCGGGGGUGCUCGAGGCGUACCAGCGCAGCCUGCGCCGGGUGCAGCUCUACGGCCCCACCAACUUCGCCCCCGUCGUCAACCACGUGGCCCGGGCGGCGGCGGCGGUGCUGGACGGGUCUCAGUACUUCGUGCUCCUCAUCAUCACCGACGGCGUCAUCUCCGACAUGGCCCAGACCAAGGAGGCCAUCGUCAACGUGAGACCCCCGGGGGGGACAGGGGGGCAUCGUGAAC